AUGCGGAAUUUCCUGGCUGGCGGCGGCCCCUCCCGCCGCCGCCGAGAGGGGCGCGGGGGAGGCGGCGGCGGCGGCAGCGCGGCGCUCGCACUGUAGCUUCCGCCCGCCGUGCGGCAGCCGGGGCAGGGCAGGGCAGGGCGGGCACCGGGCAGCCGCGGAGCCGGGGCGCCGCGCCCCGCAUGGGAUGGGCCGGGCCGGGCCGGGCCCGGCGGCGCCGACGGCCAUGGCGGCCCGCGGGCUGCGGCAGCCCCGCCGCGCCCGAGCCGGAGCCGGAGCCGGAGCGGGAGCCGGAGCGGGAGCCGCGCUGCUGCUGCUGCUGCUGCUGCUGCUGCUGAGCUGCGGAGCCGCGCAGGAGCUGAGCCCCCGCGGCAGGAACGUCUGCAGAGCCGCCGGCUUCUCAGUGCUUGUGUGCUGCCCGGGAUGGAGGCAACAAGGAAACGAGUGUUUAAUAGCUGUGUGCGAGGGGAACUUCACCUGCAAGGAGAACGAGGUGUGCGUGAGGCCCGGCGAGUGCCGCUGCCGCCACGGGUACUUCGGCGCCAACUGCGACACCAAGUGUCCCCGCCAGUUCUGGGGUCCCGACUGCAAGGAGAUGUGCAGCUGCCACCCAAAUGGACAGUGCGAGGACGUGACAGGCCAGUGCACCUGCAACCCCAACCGAUGGGGGCCCAAGUGCGAGAACGUUUGCCUCUGCAAGCAUGGCAAGUGCGACCAGAAGACGGGCAAGUGCACCUGCGAGCCGAACUGGUGGGGUCCCCAGUGCUCCAGCUCCUGCUACUGCAGCCACAACUCGCAGUGCGACCAGCAGACAGGCAACUGCCUGUGCCAGCCAGGCUGGUGGGGCCGCGGCUGCAACAACCAGUGCUCCUGCAACAACUCGCCCUGCGAGCAGUUCACGGGGCGCUGCCAGUGCCGUGAGCGGACGUUCGGGCCACGCUGCGACCGCUACUGCCAGUGCUACAAGGGCAAGUGCAACCAGGUGGAUGGGACCUGCACUUGUGAGCCAGGAUACCGGGGCAAAUACUGCCGCGAGCCCUGCCCAGCCGGCUUCUACGGCCAAGGUUGCAGGAGGCGCUGUGGACAGUGCAAGAGUCUGCAGCCUUGCACAGUCGCUGACGGGCGCUGCCUGACGUGCGAGGCUGGCUGGAACGGCACCAAGUGUGACCAGCCCUGCUCACCCGGCUUCUACGGAGAAGGCUGUGAGAAAAUCUGUCCCCCAUGCAAGGACGGUCACACCUGCAACCACAUCAAUGGCAAGUGCUCGCACUGCAACCCUGGCUGGAUUGGAGACCGGUGCGAAACCAAGUGUCGAAACGGGACAUAUGGCGAGAACUGUGCCUUCGUCUGCAGCGACUGCGUCAAUGGCGAGUGCCACUUCGAGACGGGCAGAUGCCUCUGCCGCGCGGGCUCCCAUGGCACCUACUGUAACCUGACUUGCCCGCCGGGCCACUACGGAGCCAACUGCGCCGAGGCCUGCAGCUGCCACGACGACACCUGCGACCCGCUGACGGGCGCCUGCCACAUGGAGGCCAACCAGCGGAUGGGGGUGAUCGGGGCGGGAGCCCUCCUGGCGCUGCUGCUCAUCCUGCUGCUCUCGCUGCUCUGCUGCUGCUGCGUCUGUCGCAAGAAGGACGAAGCCCACGGUGCAAACCAGGACCCGGCAGCAGCCAAGAAAACGCCGAGACGCUUAUGUGGGCGUUUCAGUCGCAUCAGCAUGAAGCUCCCGCGAAUCCCUCUGCGCCGCCAGAAGUUGCCCAAGGUUGUAGUGGCUCACCACGACCUGGAGAACACCAUGAACUGCAGCUUCAUUGAGCCACCCUCCGUGGUGGAGCAGCCCUCCCCGUCCUGGUCUUCCCGUGGCUCCUUCUCCUCAUUUGACACCACGGACGAGGGGCCAGUGUACUGUGUCCCCCAUGAGGAGAGCGUGAGUGACAGCAAGGACAGGGGAACAUCCUGCAGCCCAGGGGAGAAGCUGGUGUCCCCAGUCGGGGCGGAAGAGGCCGGCGAAUACACCUUCCUGAAGGAGACGGGCUCCGUCAAAGCUUUCCAGGCUGACAGCAGUGAAACACCCCUGCUCAAGUCCUCUGACAGCGAGCGCUCGUCCUGCGGGUCAGGCUCCGCCAGCGCAGCACUCUACGCCAGGAUCGCCCGGCUCUCCAAGCAGUCCAAGGACGAGGAAGAAGCCACCAUGGAGCCACGGAGCCCUGGGGGAAGCGGGAAGCCACCCUCCCCUGAGAGAACCAAGCCCCGUCCCCCUGACCCAUCCACAAAGCCCAAGGUGUCCUGGAUCCAUGGCAGGUACAACUCCGGCCAGUCCAACUCGCUGCCUGCACCCAGCCGCUCCCCGGAGAGAGCUGCCGCCCAGCUCAGCAGCCCUGAGCAUGGCCAGGGCUUGGCCAAGAGGAAGAGGAGUCCGAGUGAGACUUCGGCCGGUGUUCACGGCAAAACGGACGAGAAGGGCAGCGCAAGGAGCAAAGAGAAAGCACAGAAGCAUCCGAAGGAGCCAAGCUUCCCUGAGGGCAAAGCCUCCCUCCCCACGGAGCCCCAGUCGCCAUCCAAGCCCAAGCAGAGGGGCAAGGCCAACACGGAGCAGAUGGAGAAUAUCAACGGGGCAGUGCAGAAUGCCUUCAAAAAGAUGGGCAGUUUCCACCCAGAGAGGCGUGCUGGGGACAGCAAGGAGGCUCCCCGCAGCCCCAGUGCAAGCAAGCCGCGCUCCGAGGCCCUCCAUCCCCACCUGACCUCGGAGGCGGCCACGCUGCUGGCUGCCCAGCUGAAGGAAAAGACUCAGAGCCUCAACAAGGGAGAUGGCAGCGCCCGGCAGAAUGGGGUGAGCGCCCUGCAGCCCCAGCGGGAGAAACCCACCCCGCCCCAGAAAGCCAAGCGCUCGGUGGCCGCCAGCAGCCAGAAGGCCAGCAAGCCUAUGCUGCCCACCUCUCCCAACCUGCAGAAACUGAUCCCCCCCGCGGCAGAGCCCACGGCCGGGGAGCCUAAGCGGGCGGAGAAGCAAAACUCCGGCAGCAGCCAGGAGCAGGCUCCCCCGAGCGACCAAGCCACAAAGAAAACGCCCAUUAAAAAGCCUCCCAGAAAGAAAAGCCGAGAAGCCACCCUGGAGCAGCCCAAAGCAGCCGCAGUGCCCUCUCAGACAGUGCAGUAAUGAGGACCUGGGGGGCCCGGCCUGGCGCUGGCCUGCCGUGCAUCAGACAUUUUGGCAGGAGGAAGGAAGUUUGCAGGCAUGACCAGUGGAAAUGGAGGCCUGAACUGGGCAGGGGGCACUGGAAGAGCCUCCGAGCCGUCUCUUUCCCUUUCUCUCUCUCAUUCCCCUGUUCUUUUUUCAUCUCUCUCUCCCCUGCCCUGGGACCUGGUACUCCCCAUCCACCAGAGAUGCCCUCCCCAUGGCCGUGCCCUGCUCCCUGCUUCUCCUCUGCGCGGUUCUGGCAGCUCACCUUCCCUGCAAGGAGAAGGACCUCACAGAGCCAUCCCAGUGUGGCCCAGCAGCACCGCCCUGGCCAAAAACCUGGGGCUGUGCGCAGCUCUGACCCACGGGUCACCCUUUUGUAGCAGUAUUAUCAAUCGCAUAAGCAGUGCUUGUUGUACUAGACGUACCCAUGUUAUAUUCUGCAGUAACGGAGUCACUUGCUUCCUGCAUCCUAGUCUGGUCUAUCAAGUUUUCGUGGCAUGGGAAAUGGCAGCUGGAGGGCAGGCUCGCUGCUCCGCCUGCAAGGCGGCAAGCCGGGCCAUCCCCGCGCCUGCGCCCGCAUCCUCGCCAGGGGCAGGGCCUUGCCCCCGCGCCAGCGCAGCGUGCGGAGCAGCGUGCUGCGGGGCGGCUGCGCUCUCCCGGUGCUGCACGGCGCCCGGCUCCGUGCAUGUCUCUCGCCAUUUCAGCUUCUCCCCUCCUGGAGAUGUAGCCGCCCCAGGCGCCACCGUCCCUCCACAGCCACACUGCUCCAGGCAGUGUGAGGUCGAGCUGGUUUCGACUGAUGCCCCCUCCGCACCUGAGGCUGUUUCUGCCAGGAGUGGCUGGGAGGAAAGCACUAUUUAUGGCCUGAGCCUGGACGCUGUUCAGAGAGGCUGUCCUGGCUGCGUGGUCCCAUCCGGCGGAGUUUGGACGGAUUAGUUUGGUACGACAGAGCCUGGCAUCUCUGCAGAAAGCUUUCCUAAUAAAAGUGUAUUUCUCCUGUA